GAGAGUUCAAUACCGGACGCACCUUUCAUGGGCUACCAACCCAAUCUUGAAGUGCAAUUGAAACCUCAUCAUAAGCCCUAUGAAAUGCGGCGUGGUUGGUCAGAGGUGCUAACGAAAUUUGCAACAUCAGAACCGGAGAGCAAGAAGAAGGAAGACGAACCUGUUCUUUACUUCAGAAGAAAUGUCCAGUUGUCCGAGACAAGGGAACAACAACGCUUUGUUUUACAGAUAGUGACCUUUUGUUCGCGAGCGCUGGAAAUGUUGCUAACGGAUGCUCGCUCGUCCUUGUUCCUUGACCGCUGUCCAAUGCCACCAGAAAGAGCUGCUGAACUUGCUGGACUGGGAUUCGCCAUGGAGGACGGUGCUUUCGAGCAGAAAACACAUAAUGUUGACUGGAUUAGAAUACACAUUGAUGAUCAGCUGCCUGCUCGAAUGGCUGACGCGAUUCGUGGUCCAAUGUUGCUUGGAAAAGCUCUCAGCGGAUUCAAGUAA